UUAUGAUCAGUGAUCACUGCGGUUUUGUUGAAUCAUUCACUAUUUUAAAUAAGUCGUAGUGACAUAGUCUUUUCUUCAUUCCGUUUUUGUGUGUUCAGCUAUGAUAUCGCCUGAAUAAUACGUCAUGCGGUGGUUAAAAUUUGCGUUUACGAUAAAUGUGUAUUUUCUAUUAUCUGUUUGUUUAGCCGAAUUAGACCUCGAAAGAAAGGAUAAAUUUUUAAAUGGUUUUGUGGAUUACCUAAAUAACUUACCAAACCAGCCGUACACUUACGAAGAUGGUGCUAUUAUUAAUGCGCAAAAAACGAAUGAUGAUAGUGAAAGUUAUUAUAUUGAAAUCAAAUUGAAAGCCACAGAUAAUCAUGACUUUGAUUCUUCAAGAUACUUAAAAUGUUCUGCAACUAUACAAGACUUGAACGAAAUUGGUAUAAGUGUACAGAAUAAUGAAUAUCACUGUGAAAACCUUGAUCAGAUAACAGAGCAAAAGUCCACUGAAGAUGAUCAGCAGGAAAUUGAUCAAACUACACAAAUAGAACUUCCCACUGCCCAUGAACCUGUGCAUCUGGAUAAUGAAGUCCAAUCGAAUAUUGGGAUUACAUCUGGUGAGCAGUUUGUAGCAAUACCUAGAAAACAGUUUGGUGGUUCCUGUAUAGGAUGCUCAAGUCAUGUGAACAUUGAAGCACCUGGAGUCAAUGACCUUGCUGCUCUCGCUAUCAAGCAAUUAGAUAAACAUGAGCCUAGUGUCAAGCACUCACUUGACUCUGUGCUCGAUGUGGAAAGACAAGUGCAAGUUGUCAAUGGUGUCCGAUAUAUCUUAACACUUCAAGUUAGUUUCAAUAAAUGCUCACCACCAAAAAAUGAAUGUGUCGAAAUUAAACCAUGUAAGGUAACAGUAAAAGAAAAAAGUUGGAUAAGAAUGCGUGAUGGUUCUAAGUAUAGAACUGUUUUAUCGAAUAACUGUACAGAGGAAUGGCUGUUUGGAGAUGAGGGAGAAUAUAUACCAAACAAUGAUGACAAUAAUAGAAAUAAUGAUAUUAAUCUACCUGUAAAUAAAAAUGAAAGUGAUGAUGGUACCCCAAAACCUAAUAAUAAUGACAAUAUUGCAAAUACAGGAUCCGUGGAUGAAAUUCUUAAAGCAAUUCAUAACACAGAUGUACAAAUGCAGCCGCAACAAGAAAAAACGUUAACUGAUAAUGAAAUGAAAAAUUUGGAAGAACAAAUAAUUCCUCAUUCUAAAUUUCAUGACACAACUGUAAGUGAACUCAGUGAAACAAUAAAAUCACCAAACACAGGUGAUGAGAAUACACACCAUGUUUCUACUAUGGAGACAGUGAGGCAAUACAGUGACAAUUCAGCUCCACAGAAACCACCCGAGAAUCAAGAAAAGACUACUCUUUUAAAUGAAGAUAAGAAAAAAGCAAUAGAUGAGUUGAUAAAUUUUUUCAACUCUGCUGGUUUCGAUGGUAAUCACUAUGAUAUUGUAAGGAAUAAAAGAAGUUACGACCAUGAUUUAAAAAUUAUGUCUCUCGCUGAAAAGAUCCAUAAGAUUAAGGAUAAUGUCAACAAUGCACAAUAUUUAUAUAAAUUAGCACAGAAUUUGGUAGAUUACAUUAAUGAGAUGGAUUUAGAAGUAAAAACAAGAAUCCUCAAAGAAAUUAUUACUGCAGAAGAAGAAUAUGAAAAUUUCCAACAUUUUUUUUAUAUCCAAGCACGUGUUGCAAUUCCUUGUGACAAAGUAGAUUGUGACAGUAAUAAUGAGGUAACUAAAAUAUGCAAUGGUGUAAUUGAAGUUUUUGAUCAAAGUACACCUCAAAUUUUAAGUGCAUUUUGUCAUGAUGAGAAAAAGAAAAAAAUACCGCUCAGCAAUCCAGAAAGUAUUCCAUUAAAUGAUCCCGUUCUAUUAAAACUUACUAAGGACUCAGUAAAAAAAAUCGAAAAAGAGUCAUUGCAUCCGAAUGCAAUGAAAAUCGAAGAAAUAUUAGAAGCUAGUACACAACAAGCUUCAGGUAGGCUAACGAAAAUAAUCAUAAAUCUUGUAUAUACUGAUUGCAAUAAAACAAUUCCAUAUGAGAAUAGAAAAAAUUGCACAGUAAUACAAAGUAUGGAUUCCAAUAUAUGCGAAAUAACUGUACAUGAAAGACAUUGGUUAAAAGAGACAAAAUUGACAUAUCUAUGUACUCAAAGGCCUAUUGAUGAAAGAUUUACUAAAAAGAAAAAAUCAAAUGAAAUAAAGGGCUUAAAUGAUCCAAAAGUAUUUGACAUGGUGCAAGAUGCCUUGCAAUAUUUAGAUGUCAAUUCGAAUAGGAACAAUAAGCAAAAGGUUGUAGAGAUUAUUUCUGUGACAACUCAGCUUAUAGGAGGAUUGUUGACUGAAGUAAAGUUUGCUGUGGGUUACACAAAAUGUACUAAUGUAUAUAAAGUUGAUUUGAAUACUUGUGAAUUAUUAGAUAAUGAACCAUUACGAAAGUGUCAAGUGCAAACAUGGGAUCGUCCUUGGUUAGAAGACGGUAAACAAAUAAAGGUCGAGUGUGAUGACACUAUAGAAAAAACCAGUCAUAAAUUUGUUAAAAAAAGAUCAUUGUAUGUAGGGGCACCUCAAGAAACAGAUCCUACUGCACCACAAUAUAAAUUGCUAGCUGAUAAAUCAUUGGAAAAGUUUUUACAAGCACAAAGUAUUGGUAAUGAGUAUAUAGUUGUAAAAGUUGAAAAUGUUACAAAGCAAGUGGUAGCUGGAGAGUUAAUAAAAAUGUAUUUUCAAAUAACCAAUAAAAAUAACCAAAAUCAAAAACAUAUCUGUCAUUCAGAAAUAUGGCAACGGCCUUGGUUGAAGAAGACUGAGUAUAAAGUAAAUUGUGAUGGUUUAGGUAGUGAAUCCAGAAAAAAACGGUAUAUAGCUUCUGAGGUUGAUGUUUUGAAUCCAAGACAAGACACAGAUAAUUUUGGUACUCAAAACAAAGAAGAUGUAAAUAAGCCACAUAUUAAACGUAAACGAGCAUUAACGGGAGCUCCAAAAAAAAAGAAUCCUAAUAAUGAAAAGUACAAAUUAUUGGCUGAAGAGUCAUUAAAGAAAUAUCAAAGUGUUCAUAAAAUAAAAGCAAAACAUAAUAUAACCGUAAAACAGGUAAUUGAACAUCUGGUUUCAGGAAUAAUUUAUAAAAUAGAUUUUAUGGCUACACCUGUAUCAUGUACCACAAAAACAUCCAAAUGCAAUACAGAUAACACCUUUUACUGUCAUUCAAAAAUUUGGGAUCGUCCUUGGAAAGGAAGCAAGGAAAUUGAUGUACAUUGUAAUGAAAUUUUCAGUGAUGAACAAGUUUCUGAUAAAUAUGAAAAUGAUAGAAAUAAACGCAGCAUCCGCUUGGGAGCUCCAGAAGAAAAAAAUAUAGAUAAUAAAGAGUAUAAACAAUUAGCUGAACAGUCUCUAGAAAAAUACCAGCAAUUAAAUAACGCGAAAUAUUUACAUAAAAUUGUUAAAAUACAUCAUGUAACCGAACAAAUGGUAGAAGGUGUUCUUACAAAGCUAGAAUUCUCAAUAUCACCAACAAAGUGCUUACUUACUGAUGGCCCAAAUCUAAUAGACGACUGCAGUUUGCUAAAACCUCAAACCGUACUACGCUGUGAAUCGGAAGUAUGGAAUAGACCAUGGUUAAAAUCAGACAAAGAGAUAAAUGUAACUUGUAAAAAAGUGUAUACAAAAAAUGUUAAAAGAGACGAUUUAUAUGAUAAUAAAAGAACAAAGAGACAAAUAGAUUCAGGUGAAAAUGAUAUCGACGAGGACACUAUGUAUUACUAUGUGGAUCGCGCUAUAAAUCAAAUUAAUGAUAAGUCUGAUACAAACAAUUUACAAAAGCUUAUAACUAUUCAUUCUACUCGAAGCCAUAUGAAUAGAGGUGUAAAUACGAUAAAAAUGUAUAUAGAAACUGCAUAUACUUUCUGCUUACGACAUCAAGAUGAAAUGCACUUAGCUGGUUGUGAAGAGUUAUCGGGAAUGUAUCAUAGACUAUGUUUUGUUGACUUGCGACCAUCGCCUGAUGAUGAAUUAGUCGUGGAAAGCAUUAGUGUAGUGUGUGAUGAUGAAGCAGAUUUCAAAAAAGUCACAGGUAUAUCGAUACCAGAAAUUAUAAGGCGAUCUUUAAAGGAGUUGGAAAAGUCACCUAAGAUUCAAAACAAAUUGAUUCACAGCGGCGAACCGCACGUUAUACCUAGCUUAGAUUCCAACACUCCUAUGAAAGUGUCUUUCGUAGUUACUUCAUUAAAUUGUUCGAAACAUGUUGAUUUUGAGCAAAACCCUAACGAGUGUUAUGUAGAUGUAUCUAAAACGCCAAAGAUAUGUACCUCAUAUGUGUGGAUGAAAUCAAAUAGUAAAAAAAUUGGAAAAAUCACUACACAUUGUAAUCAAGAGAAACAGUAUCGCGAUAAGCGAUCUUUAGAAUUCAAGAAUAUAACGUCUGAUGAUAAAACUAUACAACAUUUUGUAAAAGAGUCAUUAGAAAAGCUAGAAAUGUCUUCAAUAAAUAAAUAUAAACAAAGAGUUAUGCAAAUUAAUAGCUUUUCAAACAAAAUUACUACCGGAAAGCUUACUACUAUAGAUUUCGAUGUGGGUUACACAAAUUGUCUAAAGUACGAAUGGGUCGAUAAUAUCACAACAUGUGAAUUCAUAGAACACUUACCCCGGCGACAUUGCAUUUCGCACGUUUGGGAGCGACUUUGGUUGGAAAAUGGCAGACAGAUUGACGUCAGUUGUGAGGACGAUGAAACGCCUCUCGAAUCGCAUGUUGAGUUCGAGAGUACCGAGAAUGCUAUGCAAUUGGCAAACGAGGCUCUAAAGCAUAUCGAAGCGAAGUACCCAAGUCCAAGAAGACAAAAAGUUGUAAGAGUAUAUUCAUUAGAAAAACAAGAAAUUGCUGGUCUUCAUUAUAGAAUGAAGAUCGAAGUUGGGUAUACGGACUGUUUGGCAUUAAGCAUUAAAGAUGACUGCAAAUUGGUCAAUGAUAUGGGCUUAAAUAAGUUUUGUCGUGUAAAUGUUUGGUUGCGAACUUGGACUGACCGGCCGCCUAUUUAUCGCGUGACUUGCGAUUAUCAAGAUGGCGCUACGACUGAACUAUACCGAAGCAUACAAGCGGAACAUUUGUUUUCCGAUUUUCUGGCUACAUACAGGCCCGAUUAUAUAAAUGAUCACAACGAAAUGCUCAAAAGGUUCAGCAUAUUUAAAGAUAAUGUGAAGAAAAUUCAUGAUUUCAACACUCAUGAAAGAGGAACCGCUAGAUAUGCCGUUACAAGAUUUGCCGAUUUAACCUACGAGGAGUUCGGACAAAAAUAUAUGGGAUUGAAACCGAGUCUUCGAGACCAUAAUCAAAUACCGAUGAGGAAGGCUGAGAUUCCUCAGGUGCAUCUUCCGGCCUUGUUUGAUUGGAGGCAGUACAAUGCAGUCACUGAAGUUAAAGAUCAAGGUUCAUGUGGCAGUUGUUGGGCAUUUAGUGUGACAGGUAAUAUAGAAGGUCAGUGGAAAAUUCAAACGGGCGAGCUGGUGUCGCUUUCGGAACAGGAGCUCGUCGAUUGUGACAAGUUAGACGAAGGGUGCAACGGCGGUCUUCCAGACAACGCAUAUCGAGCAAUAGAACAACUCGGCGGCUUAGAAACAGAGAACGACUAUCCAUAUGAAGGUGAAAAUGACAAGUGUGCCUUCAACAAAACACUAUCAAAAGUGAGGAUCACGAGCGCAGUCAACAUAACGUCCAACGAGACUGACAUGGCCAAGUGGCUUGUUCAGAACGGCCCUAUUUCCAUUGGUAUAAAUGCGAACGCGAUGCAGUUCUAUGUGGGCGGCGUUUCUCACCCAUGGAAGGUUCUUUGCAGUCCGUCGAAUUUGGAUCACGGUGUCCUCAUUGUGGGAUACGGCGUAAAAGAUUAUCCUCUGUUCCACAAAACUCUUCCCUACUGGAUCGUAAAGAAUUCGUGGGGUAAGUCGUGGGGGGAGCAGGGUUACUACCGCGUUUAUCGUGGCGACGGAACGUGUGGUGUCAACCAGAUGGCCAGCAGCGCAGUUGUGUAAACAACAAUGUAUGAUCUGAUAUCAAGCUAUUUUUUUUUCUUUAUUAUUUUAACAAUAAGUGUCAAUGUCGAUUUUUUUAUUGAUCUUUUUAUCAUAAGUGUCGUAGUAUCAAUUAUUUCUAAGCAAAAUAUUACACGUUAACUAAAUAGACAAUAUAUUCAUUUAUAAAACUGACAUCCCUGGUUACUGGUUGAUUCAUAGAAUUUGAUUAUAUAUAAAAGCUAACAUCGGCUUGCUAUCUAUGGAUCAGAUUGCUACGUAUAAUAUAAUAGGGAUAAUAGGGUCUGGUAUGAAUAUGUGGUGUUCUAGUGUUUCAGAAAUUGUAAAUGUUACCUUGUGGUAGGGCUUUGUGAAGGCCCGGAUCGGUGGGUAACAUCCAAUCAUCAGAUAGUCUGCCGCUAAGCAGCAAUGCUUAGUAUUGUUGCGUUCCGGCUUGAAGAGUGAGUGAGCCAGUGUAACUACAAGCACAAGGGACAUAACAUCUCAGUUCCCAAGGUUGGUGGCGCAUUGGCGAUGGAAGGAAUCUUUAUUAUUUCUUACAUCGCCAAUGUCUAUGGUGGUGACCACUUACCAUCAGGUGUACCAGUUGCUUUGCCUAUAACAUAAA